UAUCUUCGAUCCAAACGAAGUUAUUUACGAAGAUACUUAUAUGUAUGGCGCAAGUACCAGUGCAAGGGGCUGUAUGAUUGUGAAGGAUGCAGAAUAUCAGGGAGCUACAAUACCAAUAGCUUCUAAUUUGACCGAUGACACGGAUAGAACAUGUGUUCCUAACGAAUCCGCAACGAAGACUUCAGAACCAUCAGAAUAUGUUGCGAGUCCUCUUGAAAAUAUUGAAAGUAUUAUGGAUGAUAUAAAAGUUCCCGCCGCAUUAAAGCCGUUAUACGAUAUAGAAGAAGUUGCCGAUAGAGAAGAACUUCCCGUUGGAGAAGAAGUUCUCAUUAGAAAAGAACUUGCAAAACAGGAGAACUUCUAGAUUUAUUUGAUCAACAAUUAUCUGACAUUCAUAAUUACUCUCUUGAUCCUG